CAGUAAAAGAUUGAUCUAUUUCGCAAGGUUAACUAACAAUGAGACAGUGGGACCAACAGACAACCUUUAGACUUUAGGUAAAAGAUUAUGAUAUAUUUUCUUGGAUCCAAAGUACGAACGUGAAUGAGUGUGAUUGCUGUGCUUUCAGUAUUACAAGAAGUCUAUCUGGACCAAGUGGAAGAUGAAGUUUGAACACCUACUCUCGGAUAUCAAUGGAUUUGGACGGUUCCAGAUGAUGAUCAUUAUCAUCAGCUUCAUUGCUCGAUUCACCCUGCCAUGUCACUUUAUGCUGGGUAACUUUAUAGCGUCCGUACCCUCUCACCACUGUGAUCUCAGCGCUCUGGAUGAUGAGGGCGUCUUUGGGAAUCUGACCCAGGAGCAGAGACUGACUGUCAGUAUUCCAGUACAGGAAGAUGGGACUCCAAGCUCCUGUAAGAUGUUCCCAGAGUCCCAGUUCCACCUCCUGUCCAACUCUAAUGACAGUGACCUAGCUACAGUCCCCUGCCAGAAUGGAUGGUUAUAUGACAACAGCACCUUCAAAUCCACUCUUGCUACAGAGUGGGACUUGGUGUGUGACCAGAAAGGGCUAAAUAAGGCGACGGCCACCAUCUUCUUCAUGGGCGUGAUGUUCGGAGCAAUGACCUUUGGUAGUCUAAGUGACAGGUUUGGUAGGAAGACCAUGCUCCUGGUGUCCUAUAUAUCUGGCAUGCUGUUUGGUAUUGCCAGUGCUUUCUCCACCUCCUUCAUCAUGUUUGCUGUGCUCAGGUUCUUCACUGGGUUCGGCAUCACUGGCAUCGUCAUCGUCUCAUCAGUACUCAGUGUGGAGUGGGUGGACAUUGAGCACAGAAAAUUAGUGGGAGUGAUUGACAGCCUGUCCUGGACGUUUGGUAACUCCAUGAUUCCAGCCAUAGCCUAUUGUGUGAACGACUGGAGACAGCUGACCAUAGUGGUCACCUCACCUCUCGCCCUGGCCAUACUCACAUGGAGGUGGAUUCCUGAGUCAGCCAGGUGGCUCAUAGCCAAUGGGAAGUUUGAGAAAGCAAACUUUUAUUUGCAACAAUGUGCCCAGAUGAACCAGAAGGAGGAGUUUGCAUCCAAAAUUACACCAGAGACUCUGUCCAGUAUCAUUGUGACAGAGAGAAAAGACAGAACCUACUCCUACCUUGACCUGGUCAGAACCCCAAAGAUGAGGAGACUGUUGUUCAUCAUGUAUGGUGUGGCUUCAACAUAUUAUGGCAUUAGCUUCAACAUCACUGGAUUUGGGCUCAACAUAUAUCUAACCCAGUUUGUAUAUGGUGCCAUAGAGCUGCCAGCCAAACUAGCAGUGUACUACCUUCUGGAUAAGGUGGGCAGGAGAAACACUGAAGUAGGAUCUCUGCUAGGAGCUGGAAUCUGUCUCACUAUUAACAUUUUCCUACCCAGAGACAUGUCUGUUUUAAGGACGGUGGUGGCGGUGCUGGGGAAGGGUUGCUCGGCAGCAUCCUUCACAACCAUCGUGUUAUACAGCUCUGAGCUGUUCCCUACUGUGGUCAGGCAGAACGGCAUGGGCUACAACUCGUCCAUGGGUCGUCUGGGAGUGUCUCUGGCCCCUCUCAUCCUGCUGCUGGAUGAGGUGUGGAGGGAUCUUCCGCAGGUCCUUCUCUGCUCCAUAGCCCUGCUGGCUAGCCUGGUGGCCAGGAUGCUGCCUGAGACACGGGGCCGCUGUCUACCAGAGACCAUUCAGGACAUUGAGGACGGGCAGACAGGGAAGAGUUUGGCUGGAUCCCAAGUUGUGGAAACAACAGAAAUCCCUCUAAAAUCAAAGGCCAACAAUGAGAUGGAAAAUUGAUACUAAGACAGUCUUUCUGUAUAUAUUUUUUAUAUGCCAAAAUGUGCACCAACAACAAUUUUUCAAGUUCCACAUCAAAAACAACAUUCAAACCUAGCACUAUAAUUUGUAUAUGAGGAAUAAAAUAUGCUUCUCUUGUAUCUCGUUUCUCUUUUUAGUCAUUUAGCAGACACUCUUAUCCAGAGCGACUUACAAUUAG